CCCAUCUCUCCCACCUCUGAAUUUCUUUCACUUUCUUCCCCCUUCAUUUUCACAAAUCUCCCCUUCUCCAGAUUCAGGAGUGGUUUACUAGUAGCAGAUUUUUUGAGAUUGGCAGGUUUAACUAGGAGUUUGUUCAAACUUUUUGUUUGCUGCUUUCGAUAAUUUUCCAUAUUUCGAGUUUCGGAUAAAUGUUAGAUCUUAAUCAGACUCCUGCAGAAGAAAUGCAAGGUGCAGCUUCUGAAAGAUAUUCAAGGAGCACAAAUCAACCAGACGCUGAAUAUAUCUGGACCAAUUUAUCAGAACAGCAGAAGCUUGUUGCAUCAAACAGUUUCAAUGUUUAUUGCAGGCCUGUACAAAUCUACAACAAAAUCCAGUCUCGCCCAAGAUUCCUUCAGAGAUGCUUGUACCACAACAGAAAGGCUAAGCACAAGAAGAGGAUUCUAAUGACAGUUUUGCUGUCGUGGAAAGUAGAAGAAAUUCAAUCUCUUUUUCCUAUGUGUAUCUGUCUGGGAAGGCUGUUGGAUCCAAAGGAGGAACCCACAGGGGAAGAAAGCUAUCAUGUUCGUCGGAUAUCCACAUUUGAAGGUCCCACUGGAAUAGAUUGGGAUGGAAUUAAUCAUGUCCGAAUAAGUUUUAUGCUUCCUCAUAUCGAAAAGUUAGCUGUGGAAACUAAUUGUGACAAAUAUUUUCUCUUCAUUCUCACUUCUGCGGAAAACCCAAUUUCAUUGUCUACAGUCAAUGCAAGAACGUUGACUUCGGAGGAGGUGGCUUCUAAUGAAUCAUCUGGUGGAGAGAAAUGCGUUUAUGGGAAAGUAUCUCUGAAAUUUCUUUAUGAGAUUUUGAAUAUAUCUCCAGAUUCUCCUUUGCAAUAUCGAACUGAGAUUCAAUUUAGCACCCAACUUCGUUCUUGUAAUUUGAAGUAUUGGUUGAAACAUUAUACUCGAACAACAAGCAGCACCAUCUCCAUUAGAGAUUCCAAUGAUUCAGAGGGUAUAUCAAAGAAACUUGAGAUCUCAACUAGUUUUGAAGAAUUUGGAGCAGCUUCUGGCAGGACACAGGAGAGGAAAGAAGAGCCAUCUUCAUCUUUAUUGCCUCAUUUCACUUGGUCACCAGGAAUUGUCUCAUUUUAUUACAGGUAUUACCAUAACAUGUUGCACAGACUCGAAGUUACUGAGAAUUUCACCUGCGCAAUCUGUUUGGUACAGUGUAUAAACUAUAAGAGUUUAAAAUUCCACCUAAAGUGGUCGCACCAGAUAUUUAGGUUUGGAUUUUCGGAAUCAGAAGAAUUUCCAUCUGUAUCUGUAUCUGUGAAGAACGAAAACUGGUUGCGAGAGUUCAUCGAUCCAAAAGUUGAUACUUUUAUGUACUGUGUCAAAAAACCAAAGAGCAGAAAGAUGAAAACUUCUUCUCAUGGAAGAAAUGAUACAGAUCCGCUGUUAGACGUGGAACUACGUAUUGGUAUUGCGAAUGCUCGGCUACAGGAAAACAUGGUGCAACAAGACCAGCCCGACGAGGUUACAACGUUAGAAGUUGAGCAGGAACAGGUUUCAAAUGCAGUAUCAGAUCCGUCUCAGGGUUGUGUCUCAUCAGUGUCUGAUCAUGAUGAGACACGUGGAGUGCAGGAAGUUGAUCAUGAAGAGAUUUCAAAUGCAAUUGUGGUGUAUACUGGUGAAGAUUGUGUCCCUGCAAUUUCUGACAUUGAUAAUGGGGCACUUACUGUGCUAGAAGAAGUUGUUUCAAAUGCAACUAUUUGGCAUACUAAUGAGGAUAGUGUCUCUCCAGUUUCCGAGCAUGAUGCUGUGCCACAAGAUGCUGUGCCACAAGAUGCUGUGCAACAAGAUGCUGUGCCACAAGAUGCUGUGCCACAAGAUGCUGAGCAACAAGAUGCUGUGCAACAAGAUGCUGUGCAACAAGAUGCUGUGCAACAAGAUGCUGUGCAACAAGAUGCUGUGCAACAAGAUGAGGUUUCCAAUGCAAUAAUGUUACAUCCUAGUCCGGAUUUUGUUCCAUUUGUACCCAUGAAUGAAGGUACAAGUUCAGUGACACAAGCUGAAGAGAAAGAGAAGUUACUAAGUGAACGCUGUGACCCAAAUAUGCUUGCUCGGUGGAAGAAGCGAACCUUUUAUCAUUCUCACACAUACCAGGCUAUGGAUCUUGAAGAAGUGGUAAAGGAUGAAGACAGUGAGGAUGAAAUUAAUGAGGGUGCUAGAGUGAUUGAAGAUAGAAGAAAACUUGAGCUUCUUGGUCUUUCUGAGGAUCAGAAGCGGCUCGUAACUAUGUGGACCUCAUUUGUUAAGAAACAUCGUGUGCUGGUAGAUGGCCAUAUGAAUUGGGCAUACGAAGCUUUCACAAGAUAUCAUUGUGCUGAGCUUGUCCAUUCCACCCCAUUAGCCUGGGCUUGGAGAUUGUUUAUGAUAAAACUAUAUGAUCUGGGUCUUCUAAAGCCAAAGACUGUGGCUGCAUGCGCUGCUAUUCUCCAACAAUACAGGGAACAGAAAUAAGAUCCAAAAGCUAAGGCCUUUCCUAACCCUUUUUCAAAAUAAAAGAAACAAAUGACAGAGAAAAGAACUUCUCUUUGUUGUACUGUUACUACUUUCCAACUUUUAAUUGCUAUCUUUGUUGUACUAUUACUACCUUCCAACUUUCAAUUCCUCCUUUGUUGUGGAGCUGAAGAAAUUUGCAAGCUACCACAUAUAUUUUCUAUUUAUUUCUGUUACAGUGUGAAACAUUAAAAUUAGAGAGCAGAGGGAUUCUCAGGCUCACAUUUUC